UUCAAUCCUUCUUUCACUACUUUACAAAACCCUCAUUUUCUACGCAUUCAGCUGAAGCAAGGAUUGAAGUUGCUCUGAGCUUUCUCAUGGAGUCCGAAGAACUUCCCGCUGUUGCGCCGAAAAAACCUAACCUUACACCUAAGGCUAUAAUACACCAAAAAUUUGGCAACAAGGCCUGCUACAUUGUAGAGGAAGUGAAGGAGGAUAAUCAAAAUGAAUGUCCAGGAUUAAGUGUUCCACAGAUGAAACCCUGCCUUUAUCGUUGCACAUUGCAGCUUCCAGAACUUUCUGUUGUGUCGGGGACCUUUGCGAAAAAGAAGGACGCAGAGCAAUCUGCAGCAAAGAUGGCCAUAGAGAAGCUUGGCAUCCGUCCAGUGACCAGUGAUCUCACUCCUCAGGAAGCAGAGGAAAGUUUAGUUGCUCGAGUCGCCUACUUAUUUUCUGAAAAAUUUUUUAUAUCUGAUCAUCCACUCAGUAGUCACAUUCGAGCAACUUUGUGGAGGAAAGGUGACCUUUGCGGAGCAGUUCCUAUUUCUGUUAUUGCUGCCUAUGAUGCCAAGCUUUUUAGCUUGUGCAAAUGUAUUAAUCCUGAGGUGGAGUCAAAUCCAAUUUUGGUUAUUUCGUGCAUAAUGAGGGCCACUACAAAGUUACAUGGGAUUCCUGCUACUUCUCAGCAGCAUCUCUGGAUUAGAAAGCAGAGUCCAUAUCCACAAGAUAUUAUGGAGUCAAUAAUUAGAGAAGAUGGUUCACAAGAAUGCAUUCGGUUUUCUGCGAUACGCAUUCCUAGUUCAGUGGAAAAACCUAUUGAAUCAGUGAUGCUUUGUAUUUCUUCAAAAGAGUACUACCUUGAUAUCAUUGCAAACGAACUUGGUUUCGAAGAUGCCGCCAAUGUUCUGAUUUCAAGGAAUUUGGGUAAAGCUUCCUCUGAGACAAGAUUGUUCUUUACUGCUCCAAAAUCAUAUCUACUGGAUCCAUCUUCUAAAUUGCCAAAUGGAAAAGCAACCCUUCAUUUUCAGGAAUCUGUAAAUGUAAGGGCAAGUUACUUGUCUGGGCAAAAUAUAAUUGGUAAUGCAAUAUUAGCAUCCAUUGCGUAUACAUGGAAAUCUAGAGAUCUUUUCUACGAGGAUGUAACAGUUCGGUCAUAUUACAGGAUGCUUAUUGGGAAGACCCCAGGGGGCAUUUACAAAUCAUCCAGAGAGGCAAUACUUGCUGCGGAGUUACCUUCAAGAUUCAACACAAGAGCAAACUGGAGGGGUGCCCUUCCCAGGGAUAUACUUUGUAUGUUUUGCCGCCAGCAUCGUCUGUCUGAACCUCUUUUUUCUCCUUUUGAAGUAUUAUCUGAAUCAUCAGGAUCAUGUUUGAAGGUUGCAAACUCAGGCAUAGAUGUGAUUGAAUGUGUUGAUGGGGCCUCUGUAACUGCAAGUCCAAAGCAAUCAGAUUCAGAGGGGUUUAAAUGUGAAAUAAAAUUACUUUCUAGGUGUGAGGAUUUAAUACUUUUGUGUUCCCCCACAGAUUAUUUUAAGAAGCAGAACGAUGCCAUUCAUAAUGCUUCAUUGAAACUUCUAUCAUGGUUGAACCAAUCUCUUAAGAAUAUAAUUGUUCCUCUAGAGAAGCUUUAUGAGACUGCAGAGAAUUUCAAUAUCCAGAUUUGUUCCAAAAUCCUUUUCAGGGAGAUUUUAGCUGGUCAAUCAAUUCACAAUUGUCAGCUUAAUGUGAUUGAAUGCAAUAGAUUACUUGAAUCAAACUGUAUGAAUUCAUCAUAUGACAUGUCUGGAAAUGGGGUGUGCUCGUUAAAGAUUGAAGGUCCAGACUCUGGUGUCUGUCCGUGUAAUGGAUCUUUACCUUGUAUACGUUAUUCAGUUUCUUUGGUUGUGGAGGGUGAGAAUAUGAAAGAAUUUAUUGAAGUUUGUAAUGAGUUUGAGUUUGAGGUGGGAGUUGGUGCUGUGAUUCCCUAUGUUGAGGAGGUUGUGAUGCAGAUGUCUGUUGGCCAGUAUGCUUACUUCACUACGAACUUACUCACUCCUGAGUUGAUUUUUGCUUCAGCUGGUGAUUCAGUCAAAAUGCUGUCCUUGUUAUCUUCUGUGGCUUUAUAUUCUUGUUUUUCAGAAGCAUGCUGCAUGGAGUAUGAAAUACAUUUAACCAAGGUUGCAGCACCUUUGGAGGAAAGAAUGGAGCAGGCUCUUUUCAGCCCUCCACUUUCAAAGCAGCGGGUGGAAUUUGCAGUGCGACACAUUGUAGAAUCCCAUGCUACUACUUUGCUUGAUUUUGGAUGUGGAUCUGGAAGCUUGUUGGAAGCAUUGUUGAAUUAUCCAAUUUCUCUAGAGAAAAUUGCUGGUGUUGAUAUCUCACAGAAGGGUCUUACCCGUGCUGCAAAGUUACUUAAUUCAAAAUUAGGCUCAAAUUCAGAUGCUGGUGUGGGAUCAACAAGCAUAAAAUCAGUAAUUCUUUAUGAAGGUUCAAUUACAAAUUUUGGUUCCGGGCUACAUGGAUUUGAUAUUGGCACUUGUUUAGAGGUGAUUGAACACAUGGAUGAAGAUCAAGCGUGUCUAUUUGGGGAUGUGGCAUUAGGUUUAUUCUGUCCAAGGAUUCUCAUUGUUUCUACACCAAAUUUUGAAUAUAAUAUAGUGCUCCAGCGUUCGAAUCCUCCAACCCAAGGACAAGAGGAAUCAGACGAGAAAACCCUCUUACAAUCAUGUAAGUUUCGCAACCAUGACCACAAAUUUGAGUGGACCAGAGAGCAGUUCAGACAAUGGGCAUCUGACUUAGCUACGAGGCACAAUUACAAUGUGGAGUUCAGUGGGGUUGGUGGUUCUGCUGAUGUUGAACCCGGUUUUGCUUCCCAGAUUGCUGUGUUUAAAAGGGAAUGGAGACUUGAAGAUGACCUACUGAAGCGUGCUGAUACAGAACACCAAUAUAAUGUAAUAUGGGAAUGGAAUAGUAGAAACAAAUGAUUUGCUUUUUCGGAAGAAAAAAAAAAAUGACUAUUCAGUACAGUUUUUUGAGGUGCUGAUGACUAACUGCUGGGUUUUUUUUGAAAGAAGACAGACAAAAUAGAAUUGAUUAUAGGAUAGAUAGUAUGUUUAGAUAGGGCAUCGAUUUGCUUUGAUCAUGUCGUAUGACUUCUGAAUCUUGAUAAUCCCUUAUGAAGUCUGAAAUUGAUUGCUAGUAAGAAAUAUUGGGGAUGAGAUUAA